CGGCGACACGCGGGAAGCCCGUGCGAGAUGGCGGUCGGCACACACUCACACACCUUCUAAAAUUGCUCAACGAGCGCGUCGUCUGUCGCAUUUCUUCCGUGUCCAUCUGCCGCUUCGGACCCGAGCAAUGGAGGGGGGCAAACCGAGUCUGCCGCUCGUCUACCAGGCGGUUCAGGCCCUGCACCACGACCCGGAUCCGGCCGGGAAGGAACGAGCUUCGAUGUGGCUCGGCGAGCUCCAGAGAUCGAUGUAUGCGUGGGAGAUCUCAGAUCAGCUGCUGCAGCUCAAACAGGACGUGGAGUCGUGUUACUUUGCCGCUCAGACCAUGAAGAUGAAGAUCCAGACUUCGUUCUACGAGCUUCCACCCGAUUCCCACAAUGCGCUGCGAGACUCACUGCUGUCUCAUAUCCAGAACCUCAAAGACCUGUCGCCCAUCAUCGUAACCCAGCUGGCGUUGGCCAUCGCGGACCUUGCUCUUCAGAUGGCGUCGUGGAAAGGAUGCGUGCAUACGCUCAUUGAAAAGUACAACGGUGACAUCAGCUCCAUGCCCUUCCUCAUCGAGAUCCUGACGGUGCUGCCUGAAGAGGUCCACAGCCGCUCGCUACGUAUCGGAGCCAAUCGGAGGACAGAGAUUAUCGAGGACUUGGCGUAUUACUCUUCCACCGUGGUCACGCUACUGGCGUCGUGUGUGGAAAAGACGGGAAGUAAUGAGAAGAUGCUCAUCAAGGUCUUUCGUUGUCUGGGGAGCUGGUUCAACCUGGGAGUCUUGGAUAGUAACUUCAUGGCCAGUAAUCAGCUGCUCAUGGUUCUCUUCCAAGUGCUGCAGAGGGACGAUACGUCCACUAACCUCCACGAGGCGGCCGCAGACUGCGUGUGCUCUGCCCUCUACACCAUUGAGAACGUCGACACGAACGUGACGUUGGCGCUGCAGCUCUUCCAGGGCGUCCUGACGCUGGAGACGGCCUAUCACAUGGCGGUGGCCCGUGAAGACCUCGACAAAGUUCUUAACUAUUGCAGAAUCUUCACUGAGCUUUGCGAGACCUUUUUGGAGACCACGGUCAGGAGUCCAGGUCAGGGAAUGGGAGACUUGAGGACCCUGGAGCUUCUUUUGAUCUGUGCCGGACACCCCCACUACGAGGUGGUUGAAAUCUCCUUUAACUUCUGGUACCGGCUUGGUGAAAAUCUGUACAAGAUCAACGAUGUGGCCCUUCACACCAUUUUCCGACCAUACAUUCAGAGACUACUGCACUGUUUGGCCCGACAUUGUCAGCUGGACCCAGACCAUGAAGGAAUUCCUGAGGAGACGGACGAUUUUGGGGAGUUCAGGAUGAGAGUUUCUGACCUAGUGAAAGACGUCAUUUUUCUUGUAGGGUCUAUGGAGUGUUUUUCUCAGUUGUAUUCUACCCUAAAAGAUGGGAAUCCUCCUUGGGUGGUGACUGAAGCUGUUCUCUUCAUAAUGGCUGCCAUCGCCAAAAGUGUUAACCCUGAAAACAACGCAACCCUGUUGGAGGUGUUGCAGCAAGUUGUGUUGCUGCCAGAAGUGGUUCACAUGGCGGUGCGUUACACAAGCAUCGAGCUUGUCGGAGAGAUGAGCGAGGUCGUGGACAGAAACCCCAGAUUCCUUGACCCAGUGUUGAACUACCUGAUGAAAGGUCUGAGAGAGAAACCCCUGGCCUCGGCCGCAGCGAAGGCGAUCCACAACAUCUGCUCCGUGUGCAGGGACCACAUGGCGCAGCACUUCCAAGGACUUCUGGACAUCGCUCGCUCCCUGGACUCCUUUGCGCUGUCCACAGAGGCCGCCGUCGGACUGCUCAAAGGUACAGCGCUGGUCCUUGGUCGUCUUCCUCUCGACAAGAUAGCAGAGUGCCUCGGUGACUUGUGUGCUGUUCAGGUUUCAGCCCUUAAAAAGCUUCUGGCUGAAGAAUCAACGAACGGUCGAUCGGCCGAUCCGACCGUCUGGCUGGACAGACUGGCCGUCAUUUUCAGACACACAAACCCCAUCGUGGAGAACGGCCAGACCCACCCGUGUCAGAAGGUCAUCCAGGCGAUCUGGCCCGUGCUCUCCGAGACUCUGAACACUCACCAGGCGGACAACCGGAUUGUGGAACGAUGCUGUCGCUGCCUCCGCUUCGCCGUGCGCUGUGUCGGAAAAGGCUCCGCCUCCUUACUGCAGCCCCUGGUUACUCAGAUGGUGAGUGUGUACCAGGUGUAUCCACACUCGUGCUUCUUGUACCUGGGCAGCAUCCUGGUGGACGAGUACGGUAUGGAGGAGGGCUGUCGGCAGGGUCUGCUCGACAUGUUACAGGCUUUGUGCAUGCCAACGUUCCAGCUGUUGGAGCAGGCCAACGGCCUUGUGAACCACCCAGACACGGUCGACGACCUCUUCAGGCUGGCGACAAGGUUUGUGCAACGGAGUCCCGUCACGCUGCUGAGCAGCAGCAUUAUUGUCCACAUCAUCCAGUGUGCCAUCGCCGCCACCUCGCUGGACCACAGAGACGCCAACUGCAGCGUCAUGAAGUUUGUGCGAGAUCUAAUCCACACCGGCGUGGCCAACGACCACAUGGAGGACUUUGAUUUGAGGAAGCAGCUGAUCGGUCAAGCCAUGGAGCAGCACGGCCAGCAACUUGUCACGCAGCUCAUGCAUUCGUGUUGCUUCUGUCUGCCCCCGUACACGCUGCCCGACAUCGCGGAAGUGUUGUGGGAGGUCAUGGUUUUCGACCGGCCGACAUUCUGCCGCUGGUUGGAGAGCGCUCUGAAAGGCUUGCCCAAGGAGACUUCGGGAGGGACGGUCACAGUGACGCACAAACAGCUGACAGAUUUCCACAAACAAGUCACCAGUGCUGAUGAAUGUAAGCAAGUGUGUUGGGCCAUCAGAGAGUUCACAAGACUAUUCCGGUAAACGCACGUAAAAUCUAUUUUGGGGGUUGAGAGGUGGCAGCAAAAGCUGUGACUGCUGACGGAGAUCUGACGGGAGGAGUUGGGACAUAUUGUGGACGGUGGACACUCGGCCAGAUCUCAAGGAUUUACUGAACAGAUGCACCUGCAGCAGGUGGGAGGUGGGAGGGGCAGGCCAAGGAGGAAAGGUUCACAAAGUGAACCAAUGGGUGAGAAGCGCAAUGUGCCUGGUCAACUGUUUUUAAGAGAAACUUUAUUUUUGGGACUUUGGUCAUGGUAGUUUUGGCGAUGCUGUACAAAGAGCCAAAUGAUAUCCCACGAUGCUCUUGGCUGGGUGGCUCCCAGUGGAGGACUUGAUGUCACCACUUUUGACCAUUUUAAAGUUUGCUUAUUUUUUAGUUGUUUUGCUGCAGAGAGUGACAGAGUGAAAGCUGGGAAAUGCCAGACUGACACAUGAAAUCUUGGCGGCUGUUGCCUUGUUGUAGACAAUAAACAACUGAAACAACAAAUGUAGUUCUUGAAAUCAAAUCAAAGCCCAUCAUGCUGGAUGUUUGCUAAAAUUUGCAUUUCCAAUCAGAGUCUUGAUUUCCCACAUUUCUCAUCAUUUCCCCAGUGGUAAGUGAAACCAAAUAUUCCAUGAGGAAAAACUGCAGGUUCAAGCCAAAUGACUCAACUGUUGUUGUGCCUUUAGAGUUCGCCUUCCAACAGAUUAUGGACAGCCACCUUUCCCUUUUGUAUCCCGAAGUCGUCGUCGUCUCCUCUUCUUCCUCAAAAUGACCCCUGCAGGAACACCAUUUGCCACCCGUAAUCAGGGCCUGACGACUUAGCAAACAGGUGCAACAUGUUUUUAUUUUGCAAGAUGGAGACCUACACCAAGAACAACUUGUGGCAUUACCUGGCCAUGCAUGGUAUAUCAUGGUGCUUUUGUUACAUGGGUUAGCACCCUUCUAUCUCUCUGACUUAGUUGAACCGUUUGUUCCGUCCCGAAACCUACGUUUGGAACACUCGUCUUUUAGUGACUAUGAGAGCCAGAAAGAUGUGCGCAGGCUCUUGAGCAUUUUUAUUUAUUUUUUGUAUUCACGCCCCAGUUCUCUGGAAUGCCCUACCUGUCUAUAUUAGAGCUGCUACCGCAGUAAAAAUGUUGAAGUCUUGACUUGAGACUUAUUUUUUACAAUUUGGCACACCUAGGCCUGUUUUACUGCUGCUUGUCCUCUCUCUUGCUCAGAAGAGGGGAGUAGGUGGCGAUGACCGAAUCUGAGGCUGUUGCCGUUUGGUUUCUCCACCGACCGAGCGACCGGGACAAGAUUUUAGGUGGCCCACUUCCACGGAGGUGUUGCUAUGGAGGAUUCUGCUCUGAACGACUGGGCCAGCCUGGUCAUUCUGAUGGGGGGGAUCCCUUCAUCUGCGGUGCCUUCUCAAGCUUCAAUUCACCCUUGAGGAUCAAGUCAACGCCUGACAAGUUCAACUCUGUGUUGUGGAAAUGACUCUUGUCUCUCUCUCUCUCUCUCUCUCUCUCUCUCUCCUUUUCUACUCACUAACCCAACCGGUCGCAGCAGACGGCCGUCCCACACUGAGUCUCGGGUCUGCUUGAGGUUUCUUCUCAAGAUGUUUUUUUUUUUUUUCUUGCCUCUGUCGCAUCGUGAUUGCUCAGGUGGGUUCGGGUUCAGUUGGUCUUUUAAUGAGUGAGGAGUGUGGUGCACCUGCUCCAUGUGUAAAGUGCCCUGAUACAACAACUGUUGUGAUUUGGUGCUAUUUAAAUAAA